AUGGGUCGCACACUAAAAAUGGCUAAAUCAUUAGACGACAUUUCAAAAAAAUACAACGAAGACAACACAUCUAUGGAGGAAGAUACUGAAGAGUCACCAGGAUGUUGGCAACGGAUGAUCGUUUUCUUUCGGAUCAAUCCAAAUCUGAUUAUGUUGAAAGUGACUUUAUUUGUGAUGUAUGGAGCUACAGCAUCCCUCUUGCCGUAUUUGACGAUUCAUAUGCAAAGUAUAGGGCUCACUGUACCAGAAAUUUCUUUUGUGUAUCUAGCAUUGCCAUUCACAACAUUUUUAAGUCCUCCUAUAACAGGAUUUCUUGUGGAUCGUUUCGGAGAGUACAAACCGGUGGUAAUCACAGCUCUGAUCCUAAACGCAGCGUUCCAUCACUCGCUCCUUCUCAUCCCUCACCAGGAAACGCCAGGAGUAAUGCCAUCUGCUUACGUCAUGCGACAUCCUAUAAAGCGGAGCGUUGAGAUAUGGUGGAGCCCUUGCCCUAGUAGAGAGUGUCCGGAUGAGGACGAACAAGUGGACUUUGUCCUUGACCGUUGUGACGAUCACUGUAUGCUGUCCGGACCCACUAAGAGCCCCACCAACGACCCCAGCGAUGACCAAGACGAUAUUGACUUUCAUAUAUCACACAAAAUUAAUCCACCAAAUCUCUCCAACAGCAGUUUCUUGAAUAUAACUGACGAUGACGAGGUUUAUAAUGACGCGGCAUUUUUCCUGAUUGAAGUACACGAUGAUUUGGGUGAACCUAAAGAACAACUUGGCAUUGAAAUGGAAAGGGACGACAAUGAUACAGUUACGGAUUUCAGAACGAGGUUCGGUGAGAAACUUUUGAUUGCCCACGGUGUAAAUAUUACAGCGCUAGAUAAGGAAGAUUUGAGAUGCGGUGGUCUAGUUAUGUUGCACAAUAUGACAAAACUGUCACAGCAGCGACUAGAAACUUUAUCGGCAGACUGCAUGGUUCAAAAAUGUGAUUUUAGAAAAGGAGGUCCAGAAAUAUGUCCACCAGACUACAAGGAAAGCGAUGAUAAAACAUUUUACAUUUACUUCUUUUUACGCUUUAUGGGCACCAUAAUGUUAUCCGCAGGCGUAACUAUUAUGGAUCCCAUAGCUCUAACCAUGAUACAAAAAUACGGUGGUGAUUUCGGACGAGAAAGACUAUUCUCUAGUAUUGGAAUGGCAAUAUUUUCACCUAUCACAGGCAUGCUUAUAGAUAUGAGGAGCAAACAAGUCGGGUACACAGAUUACUCGGCCGCUUUCUACACAUACGAUGUCUUGCUCCUCAUAUCGGCCAUCACCGUGGCCGUGAUGCCUCUAGGAGCUAAACUCCCAGCCGACAAUCUCUUACACGACCUCGUCAACAUUAUAAAGAUGCCGCAUAUUAUAAUAUUUAUAUUCUUCUUAUUCUUACUAGGAAAUUUUUGGGGUUUCAUCGAAUCGUAUCUGUUCUUGUAUUUGAAGGAACUAGGAGCUCCGAACUUUUUGCUCGGUAUUACAGUAACAGUGGGAACUCUGAGCAGUAUACCGUUCUUAUACGGUGCGGAGGCGAUCACAUCUCGUAUAGGACACGUGAACGUCAUCAUCAUCGCAUUCUUCUCACACGCCGCUCGCCUCGUCGGAUAUUCAUUCAUUGAGGAUUCCUGGUGGUGUUUUCCCUUCGAAGCCAUGGAAUCACUAUCCGUUCACCUAAUGUGGGUAGCUGCUGCGACAUACUGUGCUAUGUUGGCACCCAAGAGUUUACUGGCUACUCUCAUCGGUGUACUGGGAAUGGCCCAUUUCAGUCUUGGUCGUGGCAGCGGCAGUUUCGGUGGCGGGCUCUUGAUAGCCUCUCUCGGUACACGGGAGGCCUUUCGUUAUAUGGGACUGAUCGCCUUCCUUGGAGGAGUAACCUAUGGUCUUCUACACUACUUCUGGUUGAGGAAGAUCAAUAUGAAGGGCAUCCAUAUAUCUUCUGAACCGGAUACAGAGAGUGGUGAAGGUGACAAGUUAACGUCGAGUCCAUUGCGCAAGGACGCCGGCACCAUGGUGUCUUUGGAGAGACUUCAUAUCAUCACACGGUUCAAUCCACUCGGGUCCUUACACUCGUUGUCAAGGGCGGAUAGACCCAGGCUGGGAAAUUGCUCGGUAGAAGAAGAAGAAGUACAGCAAGGUAUAACAUUUAUUUUUGUGCCGCAGCUGUCUCAGGGUGACAUCAACGAGCUGUGCCGCAGUCGCAGCGGCAGCAGUAGCCAGAGACGUUGCAGCAACAUUGAGAUUUCUCCCAAAACCAACAAAGUAGACCUCCUACGAGCCGCUCUCGAUGUAGCAGCUAAUCGACGAAUCAUCUCUAAUCCGGUGCUGUCCAGCCAGAAUAGACCCACGAACCACUACAAGUUAGCAAACAGCGCGCCAAAACUGACUCAAAGAAACAACAUCUCUCAGCCGGUGCUGUCAGAAUACGAUCGUCGUCGUGACUCCAUACCAGAAGAAGCUGAAGAAGACCGUCUCGCUCCCACACCAAAGAUCGCUGUUAAGACGAAAAGUGACAACCUACCGCCGACGUAUGAUGAAGCUACUCAAGAGAAACGGAAAAGUUGGCACUCGGACGACAGUUCGCCUACUUAA